AAAAGUCCCAACCAAGAGCCUCAUCCAAUUACAAAUGGUUGUUUUUUCCUAAGCUUAAAAACGCAUAUUUUUUGCUCAAUUCCCAGAAUCUACUCUUUCUCUCUCUAUCACAAGAGUGAGAAAGUGAGAACUUACAUACCAAAAAUCCUUUCUUUGUGGCUACAAACACUUCUUCAAGAUUUCCUCUCUUAUAAACCACUUCUUCUAUCUCUCGACCAUUAUUUUCAAAACCCCACUUACCCUUUUCCUAUCUGGGUUCUCUCUGUCAUCAGUUUUGUUUGCAUGUGUUAUUUAGGGAAACCCAUUUGGUCCUAUACCACAACGAUCGCCAUGGAGCAGUAGAUUAAGCUCUUUUGUAAUAUUCCCUCUUGUAUUCAUUUAGAUAUGAAUAACUCUUCGACCGUAGUUCAAGAGUCCAGUCCAGUCUAUGACUUGGUAUCCCAUUUGGGUCGAUUUUCCUUCAGUUCCAGGUUUCGAAGUUUUGGCUCUGAUGGGCACUCUUCCUUUUUGUCUAAUUUCAUGUAUUUUGAUCCGUUUGGGGAUUCUGGCAAUGGACAAAGACCCAAGUUUGGUGCUUCAUUGGCUUUGAGUAGUAGAGGUAGUUCGAGUAUUAGGAAAGCUGUUACUCAGUUUAACAGAGCUAUUAGGCUUCACUGUGAGAGAAUUCCAAUUGGGUUUGCUUCGGUUCGGAUUAGUCCUGGUGAUAAUAACGGUUCUGGGAGUGGAAAUGUUGGUGGUGGUGAUAAUAAUAAUAAUGGCAUAAUAGAAGAGGGGUGUAGUGUUUUGGAGGAUGAUGGCUUGGCCUUGAAUGGGGCUGAGCCUUUAAAACCGAAGAAAGUUCUUAUUUUGAUGAGUGAUACCGGUGGUGGUCACCGAGCUUCUGCAGAAGCUAUAAAGGCAGCUUUUUAUGAAGAAUACGGAGAUGAAUACCAGGUGUUUGUUACUGAUUUGUGGUCCGAUCAUACUCCUUGGCCGUUUAAUCAACUUCCCAGGAGCUAUAAUUUCUUGGUGAAACACGGGUCAUUAUGGAAGAUGACAUAUUAUGCAUCUGCACCCCGAGUUAUUCAUCAGUCUAAUUUUGCUGCAACUUCAACAUUUAUAGCUCGGGAGGUUGCUAAAGGACUGAUGAAGUACCAGCCGGAUAUUAUUAUCAGUGUGCAUCCUCUAAUGCAACAUGUACCACUUCGUAUCUUGAGGUCAAAGGGUCUACUGGAUAAGAUCGUUUUUACUACAGUAAUCACGGAUCUAAGCACUUGCCAUCCUACGUGGUUUCAUAAGCUUGUUACUAGAUGUUAUUGUCCAACAAAUGAGGUAGCAAAGAGGGCACUGAAAGCUGGACUCCAGCCUUCCCAAAUCAAGAUUUAUGGCCUUCCCGUACGACCUUCAUUUGUCAAGCCUGUUCGGCCAAAGUUUGAACUAAAAAGGGAUCUGGGGAUGGAUGAAGAUCUUCCUGCUGUGUUGUUAAUGGGAGGAGGUGAAGGAAUGGGCCCCAUUGAAUCUACUGCAAAGGCACUUGGGCAGUCAUUAUAUGAUGAGGUUCUUGGGGAGCCAAUUGGUCAGAUACUUGUGAUAUGUGGUCACAACAAAAAGCUCGCAAACAAACUUCGCUCAAUCGAAUGGAAAAUUCCUGUUGAGGUGAAGGGGUUUGUUACUAAGAUGGAGGAAUGCAUGGGAGCUUGUGAUUGCAUUAUUACCAAGGCGGGUCCAGGGACUAUUGCAGAAGCCAUGAUACGCGGAGUGCCUAUCAUUUUGAACGAUUACAUUGCUGGGCAGGAAGCUGGAAAUGUUCCUUAUGUGGUUGAAAAUGGAUUUGGGAAGUACUCUAAAUCUCCGAAAGAGAUAGCGAAAAUUGUUGCUCAAUGGUUUGGUCCGAAAGCUAAUGAGCUUAAGGAAAUGUCUGAAAAUGCUCUAAAGCUAGCAAAGCCUGAUGCUGUAUUUAAGAUAGUUCAUGAUCUUCAUGAGCUUGUUAGACAAAGAAGCCUUGUAGCUCAGUAUUCAUGUACAACAUAAAUUUACUUUCCAUCAAUCAAUUUUGCAACGAGCCUUUGAUGAUGAUGAUGAUGCAUACACCAUUGAGUAAAAUAGGUUUUGGUGUUAGUAUUAGUCUUAAUUUAUAAACAUGCAUUCCUUUGUCUCUACUAUCUUCAAGUUAAGAGAUGUGCUUUCUUGGAAUGCACUCUAGUUAGGUUGUUAUAUUCAGUUAAUAAUAUGCAAGAUAAAUGCCUUGA